GGUUCAGUGCUCAUCUGAGAUCCCUCAGACUCAGCGUCCUCGCCCUCUCCAUAGCAACCACUUUUUCAAAACAAAGUCUUCACCUAGGCACAAGACAUAAAUUGCGCAAAGCCCUCCGAAUUUAAUAAAUGCCUCUUACACAGGGGGCUAAGAAAACAGAUAAACGUUUUGGCACACAAACAGGUAGGAUCGCAGUGAAGAAGCAAAAGCAAUUGCUUUGAAGCAUAGUUUGUUGUCCAUUCAUCAUGGUUCACCUGAAUAUGGAUCUGAUUGCCAAAUCCAGUUCUUGUUCAAAAAACAAAGGAAACUGUUCCCUUGCUCAGUAUCUCAAGAAACUCACUCAUCUCAAUUUUUCCAAUAAGAACAUUGAAGAAAUCGACGACAUUUCUGCGUGCAAAAACCUCAGCGUCAUUUACCUUUACGACAACCAUAUAAAGCGGAUAUGCAACCUGAACUUCGCCUACAACCUCACGCACCUCUACAUGCAGAACAACAACAUCACUCACAUAGAGAACCUUGGGGCUGUGUGCAGACUUUCCAAAUUGUACCUGGGGGGCAACAGCAUCAUGGUGGUGGAGGGUCUGGAGCAGCUGAGGGAGCUGAAGGAGCUGCACCUGGAGGGCCAGAGACUCCCCAGCGGAGAGAAGCUGCUCUUCGACCCCCGGACCCUCCUCUCCCUCUCGGAAUCAUUAAAUGUAUUAAACAUCAGCAACAACAAUAUUGAUGAAAUUAGGGACCUGGUAGUUCUCAGGAAUCUCACACGUUUUUUAGCUGCUAAUAACCAGCUUCAAGAUGUACAGGAAUUAGAGGCGGUUUGCAGCCAGUGGCCACAGCUGUGUCGAAUGGAUUUGAGUGGAAAUUCUGCUUGUCACCAGCCCAAAUACAGGGACAGGCUAAUAACUGUGUGUAAGAGCCUCGUUGACCUCGAUGGAAAAGAAAUUAACGAGUUAUCGAGACAGUUUUUAAUAAACUGGAAAGCAUCAAAAGAUGCAAGAAAGAAAAUUCUGGAUGAACGGCUUAUGGCUGCACAGAUGACUCACCCAUUUCCUGAGGCCCCCACAGUGUUGACGCUCAGCCGUGAAAGUCAGGACAGAGCAUGUGCAAACAGAUGGAGAGAGGAUGAGAUAGCGGGAUGCGAAGUUUUCUGUGAGUACAACGAUAAUAAUGGAGACGGCUGUCUUCAAAAAUCCUGGGCCUCUGAACUCUGUGAGAGCUGUCAGCAGUCCCUGCACGCUACUCACCACGCAGACUGAUCGUGCACACACCCUGCACGUGUCCAUGGUGCACACAUCACUGAGGACAAUAUGUAUCCUGUCAUUGACAUCGUUAUUUCAAUUCCAUUCUCGUGGAAGAAAAGUAUGCUGAAACGUAUUUACAAUAAAGGUGAAAUACGUCC